CUGUUUUCCCCUUUUUUAUUUUCCUCAACCAUUACAGCUUGCAUCAUUCGGAUAUUCCAUUUUUAGGAUUUGCACUUGUGUGGAGGAUUGUGCAUCAAGGAUGGGAAGGGUAAAGCUGAAGAUUCAGAGAUUAGAGACUCUGAAUAGCCGGCAGGUUACGUAUGGAAAACGAAGGGCUGGAAUCUUGAAAAAAGCCCAAGAAAUUUCUGUUUUAUGUGACAUUCCCAUUGUACUUAUCAUGUUCUCUCCAUCUGGGAAGCCAUCUAUAUUCUGCGGCCAACGAAGCAACAUCGAUGAAAUGAUAGCAAAAUACGCGCAGCUUACACCAAAAGAGAGGGCAAAGAGGAGGUUGGAGAGCCUUGAAACUUUAAAAAGAAACUUUAAGAAGCUUGACCAAGAUGUUGAUAUAGAAGAGUUUCUUGAUACAAGUACUCCGUCUAUUGAGGAAAUGCAAAACCGAGUAAUGUCUCUUCGACUUCAACUCGAUGAAGCACGUGAAAGAGUAAGAUGGUGGAGUAAUCCAGACACUAUUGAAGACGUCGAACACCUGAAUCAGAUGGAAGAUUCUCUCCGGGAAUCGCUGAACAGGACUCAAGCAACUAAGGUACCUAAGUAUGUUCAAGAAGUUGAAGCUCCAUCAAAACACAAGGAGAAGUUUUUUAAGGAACCACUCAUUCAGUUUGAUUGCACAAGCCAAGUGUGUGGAGACUUUGGCAGAGUUUACGAGCAAGAACUUCCCAAACCGCAGUUCCCAAACACCAUGCCUUUUCCCUUAGCCACAACCAGUGAUCGGGACUGCGCGAACCAGUCGUGGCUUCCUGGUGGAGAGGCUCAACACAUGAUGCUACCGGGGGAGCCCCAAUUCUUGGGAAGCCGAGAUAUGGAAUGCUCGAGAGAUGCAUCCUUCCCGACCUGCUCGGGCUACUUUGCUGAUGUGAAAGAGCAGGAGCUUGAGAAUUCAAGACAGAUGAAAACUGAAAGACUAGAAGAGGGCUUGACAGUUGAUGAUUACACAUAUUCUGCUAACUUGAGGCUUCCUCUAAGCGAUCAAUAUCCCUAUAAUUCGUUUGGAAAUAUAAGUUUUCCGGACUUGAUGGAGACCGGAAAGGAUGCAAACUUUCAACUGAGUAGCUUGGACUACCAGAUAAACGGGAAUUUCGACCUUCCAAGAUCUGUCUGCAACAACUUCCCACCUAGUUUGGUUCCUGCAGCUGGCUCGUGCGCCAUUUCCAUGCUAAACGAUCACUCUUAUCCUCAGCCUCCAAACUGAUCUAGUGGCUCACUCGAAGUCUGGUUCGUACACAGCUUGCUCGAGUUUGCUGGAGUUGAGAAACUAUAUACAUAAUACAUGUAGCUGAGUUCAUCAAGCAAAGAGGAUUAUGAACAAGUUGGUGCAUAGAGAAUUUUGGUUUAGUUUUGUAGGAAUGCAGAGAUAAGGAAGGUGCAUGUGUUUGUGGAGUUUUUUCAUUGAUGAUGAGUGAGAAUGAGAUAAAUGUAGCACUAUGUAUCAAAUUUUAGACAUAUACAGCUUAAAUUUCAGACAAAAUCCACCUCACCCCAUAUAUUAAAUCCUUAAG